AUGGAUUCAUCUAUUCGUUCUGAAAAUGAAAUGAAGGAAGGGCUGAUUAAAGAGAUUAUGAUGGAAUACGGCAAACCUCUAAUGCAAUCGUUGAAUCUUCCCAUGCCUGAAGCAGUAAAAGGGGAACAUCAUGCGAUGAAAGAAUUUGAAAAAGAAUGGAAUCGCGAUUCGGUGAAACAGAAUGAACUCAUUUCUUCGACUACCGGAGUCUCUCUGCAAAUCAUGAAGUUGAAAAGUUCUAUUAACGAGAUACUUAAUUCUCGUGCACGACCAUCUGAUUCUCCUUCGGUCAUAUCGAUGGAGGGCCCACUCUUCUCUCCAUUUGUGAAGACUACGGAUCGAUUCGACACAGCCAUUGAAGAAAAAAUUAAGAAGCACAUGAUUCAAGAAAUUCUAAAGGAAACGGGCAAACAGAGCAGUCUCCUGGAUACCUUCUCUCAGGUAGAGUCCGAAGUCAAAGAAUUGGAAAGCAGUGUCAUGGAAGCCAUCAUGCAAACCACAAUCACAGACCCUGCUCUUCUGAUGGAAAUCAUUGUAAGCCUGAGCACUCAAACUCCGGAAAGAGAGCCAGUCUUAUUGGCUCCUGGCCCCUCAUCUUGUGGAUCAUUGUUCUUAUCAGCUGAACCAUCUGGAGUACAAUCACAAACGUCGAUACAGAACUCACCAGUGAUCCCUGGAAUGUUGAGUGUCAUCCCCGACUUCUCGCCCGGCAAUUCAAUGGGAUCAUCUUCCGGAAUGUCUUCGGGUCAAGCUAGUGACGCUGGCUAUUCCUCGAUGGGACAAAUCUCGAUGGGACAAGAUGCAGUUGGACCUUCAAGACGACCAAAAGCUAGAAGACAACGAGCAGAACGUCCACUUCUUCAAGCUGUUGGAAAUCGAAUCCCACCAGCAUUCCCUCCCACGCCCGACUUUCAGUCAAUCACGGAGCUAAGUUCGUAUCGGAACUUCCGUGGAAAAGCUCUCAAAAAACUGAGGAACGCUGCUCCAGUUGCUCCGGGAACGGCGGAACACAAAGCUCGGUUGGAGAUGGCGAUGUGGAACGCCAAAGAGGCACCAUGCUAUACUGAUCGGAAGCUGGUAAAAUUGACGUCUCUGUUCGACCCAUCAAAGGAAGCACUACCCCAAGAGGUGCAUAACCCCGUUUCCUCCCUCCACCUCUUUCGGAGCUACACCGCGCUCCUCGGCUACGAUAGAGACAAGUCCCAUGAGGAAUGGAAAAUCAUCAAGAAGGAAAAAUGGGAGGAAUAUAAAGAAUGGACCACCCGGGCGUCGGAGCUCUACAAUGAGCAUUAUGCUCAGGUGCAGGCAGGACUCAUCACGGUGGUACCCGUGGCAAAAGCGAAGAAGAGGAAAAUUGAGGAGGAUGAAGAUGAAGAGUUCUGA